AUGAUGAGUUGUUGUCAGCUGAAAUCCUUCGCUUUGGAAUUCAUGCAAGAAUUGCAAGUUUUGUGUAAAUUUGAAACUAUCGCCGAGGAACACUCGCUUAACAAUUCUGGAGCUUCUAUUUCUUCGUUAUCAUCCCCCUUAAUAAUCGAUUUGGAAAUAAAUCUUGAUCUUCUUUCAGUGUUUUCCGAUGCUUUGUACAAAAAAAUCGUGGACUAUCCAAUUGAAGGACGCCGCGUUUUUCGGGAAGCUUUAAACGAUUAUCUCGGAGAACAUUUACAUCGGAAGAAACUGCCACCGAUAAGUUCGGUACAAUUGAUUCUACGCUGUCAAUUUUCAUGUGCCCUCGCAAACGGGGAAACCUUGUCAUCAAAAGUUGAUCGUUGCCUGAGUUACUUCCGACAGUAUGUUCUCACGAGUGUGACGGUUUCACGCUCCGACAAGGACAAUCUAUUCACAAUUUGUUCAUUGUAUCAUUGUUCUGAUCCUCAUUGUUAUGGACAUUCGGGAAAGUCUAUAUCACGAGAAGAAUCAGCGCUUGAUAUAACACCCAUUGAGUGUAAAUAUUGUGAGAAAAAAUGUUACGAAGACCCUGCAGGACGUGGAGUGAUACAAAGGGUUCUGGCAAAAUUUUUUACAGUUGAGGCAUUCAAUUGUCGCAAUGAAAAAGCUUUUCAUACUGCAUUGUGCUGCUCAAUUUCAGAUCCUUUGAUUGAUAAACUAGAGCUUGGAGAAAUGUAUGAUAUUUGGGGACGUCAUGAUGUCUCCGAGUAUGAAAUAUGGGGUUUGAGGAAAACAAGUUUCUUCGUAAAGGGAGAUAUUGAUUUUACGUCUCUGCCACAAAGUAUUCGAACACUUUGGAUGUCUUUCGGAGAAACUGGACCCAAGGAUCCUUGGAGUUUCGUUAGGGCUCUUUCCCUUGAAUUUGGUUCAAGAGUUUAUAGAAAGCAUGCUGCAAUGUCUUUGAAGAUGGGAUUGCUAUUGAGUUUGGCUAGUGUGGGAAACGCUACAUAUGCAUCAGUCCUUUGCGUUGGUCCCAAGAUUGGUGAAUUAGAGGAAGAUGUUAUACAAUAUGCAGCAAAUUGUGCAAAUCGGAACGUCUAUAUGAAUUUUCCUGUUCAUGCAAAUGUCGCAACGAGUGAUGAACGCACUUGGCUUCAUAGCGAGGCACUCCUUAGAGCGAAAACAGGGGUCUACGUUGUGGGCGAUUGGGACAGCCUCAAAACCAACCAGCAAGAUGAUAUUUUGAAAGCCCUGGAUGAUGGUUAUAUAAUAAAAUCAAAGGGAAAUAUGAAAUUGACUGACAGUGAUGAAAUUAAUUUCCUUUCAUCGCCGCUACCUCUUAAAACUGCAAUUUGGACUCAUUUGGAAUGUGAAAAUAAUAAUGGUCAAACGAAUUCACCGAUUCCACAGGACCUUAUGAAUAUGUUUGGUGUACCGUUCUUGGCCGAUGUUGAUGAAGAUACAGAUGAUUCCAUUAUCGAGAGCUGCGAAUUGAUGUUUAAUGAUGGUGCGACGAAUCCACGAAAAGUACCAAUGAAUCAAAUGAUCGAGUUUUUGAGAAUCGUGAACGGACGUGAGGUCAAAAUGGAAGAGGCUGCAAUGGAAUUGUUGGAGGAUUAUUACGCCGUUUCUAUGAAAUGGAGAGCAAACACGUUUCCGUCCCGGUCGAUUUCGUUGAUGACAACUUUGGCUCAAGCUCACGCGAAACUUUCUUUGCGUACCGAAGUAACGUACGACGACGUCGUGAUAAUAAUUUAUCUGUACGAAAAAUCGCUGUGUUUUUUGUACGGUUAUCCAGUUCCGACUCUCCGUCCCCUUAUGGGUGACGAUGUCAACGAAAUUGGUCAAAAAAUGGAGUCGUUCAAAGCUUGGUUGACGUUGUACGUACUUAGCGUAAUCCAAAAAUAAGAAGGUUCCGCAGAAGAUUUUCAUUCAUA